AUGUAUACUACAAUAUCUUCAGUAAUCGUUGUCGUUAUUGCACUCUUCAUCGCUUGCAUAUUUAUUUCGGCAAAUUGUGAGGAGAAAAGAGAUUGUGAAAAAAUUAUUAGUUAUGCAUUAGAACCAGAUGAUAGUUGGGUAGUUGUGGAACUGUUUUACAAUACGACACAUCCGGACACUAAUUAUGCAGCAAUUGGCUUCUCUAAAGACACUCAGAUGGGAGACGAAGGUGUAACGCACUGUGGACUCGGUGAAAUGAAUCAAGCGGGAGUAUUUCUGUCUCAGAAUGACGGCAAACGUAACAUACCGCUGAAUUUAACAGCAGAGAAUACCGCAAAGUACGUGGAGUUGUUAGAAGCCAGUCAUACAUCCAGUUCAAUUUACUGUAAAUUUCGACAAAAGGUUGCGCCAGAUGAAACAGCUCAAAAAGCUCGUGUACCAGAUUUGAACCGUACUUAUUAUUUGCUUUUAGCAUAUGGCAAGACUAACAAAUAUGAAGAGUUGGAUAUACAUUCACUGGAUGAACGUUCCAAGGAUUUUCCGCUCUUUAUUUCAACACCAAUAAAUAUUGCUGAACGGGAAAGAGCACCAUUGGCGCCGGUUAAGCCACGAACGAAUCGGAUUUUAAUGCUUGUUGGAUGGAUGUGGUUGAUCCCUUCAGCAAUUGCAGCAGCACGAUAUCUUCGAGAAUACUGGCCUGAAACUAGGCCAUUUGGUUUGAAAAUAUGGUUCCAUAUACAUCGUACGACGAACUAUUUGGCAAUCAUUCUAAUUAUUGUUGGUGUUUUAUCAGUAUUCAUUGGGAAGGAGUGGCGAUGGACCGGACCGGCAGUCAGUAAGACCAUUAAACGGAAUCUUUCUGCUGGGGCUAUUCAUUCCAUUAUCGGUGCUAUAACGGUUGGUGUAAUGCUGAUUCAACCAGUGGGUGCGUUAUUACGGUGCGAUGAAGGGUCGAAAUCUCGCAUCAUAUUUAAUUGGUCACAUCGCAUUUUUGGUUUUCUAUCUUUCUUGCUGGGCCAAAUUUCAAUCAUUUUAAGCGUUAUUUUUUUCCGCCUAUGGGUCGCCAGAUGGGCUGCUAUUAUUCUGUAUGUACUUUAUCUUAUUCUAAUAGCACUUCUGUUUUUCCUUAUAAAGAAAACUAAUUCCCUGAAGGGGCAGCAAAAUAUAUCAGUCACCUAUGCUGGACGACAUUAUCACCAGGAACAAAUUGUCAUAGCAGAGGCGAAGUAUGACAACAAGACCAACAGAUUAACGGUACUAAUUAUGCUGGUAUUCACUGCACUGAGCGCGCUAAUUACUAUUAUUAUGACUGCACUAAUGUUAGCUUCAAUGUGA